UCCACUUGUCCACCUCCACGUAGGUCACACUUAGAAGGGGAAUCAAGACUUCUGCGACCCUCCCCCUAUCACGUGAUCUGAGGUACAGGGCUACCUGCAUCCAUUUCUCUGUCUGCAAAGCACAGGGGAAGCCGGCAAAAUUUCUUUCCUUGAGGAACUUGACAGGGAAGCGUCAGACGACGAGAUGGGUAGCGGAGCGAGCGCAGAGGAUAAGGAAAUGGCCAAGAAGUCCAAAGAGCUGGAAAAGCAGCUCCAGGAAGAUGCCGAUAAGGAAGCCAAGACGGUCAAACUUCUGCUGCUGGGUGCUGGUGAAUCAGGGAAGAGCACCAUUGUAAAACAGAUGAAGAUUCUCCAUCAAGGUGGUUAUACAAAAGAAGAACAAAUGGAGUUUCGAUCUAUUAUUUUUGGCAACAUCCUGCAGUCUGCUCUGGCCAUCAUCAGGGGCAUGGAGAUGCUGUCAAUCAACUUUGGAUCGCCAUCUGCACAGGAGGAUAGUCAAAAGCUCCAGAACCUGUCUGACUCCAUUGAGGAGGGCACCAUGCCUCCAGAGCUGGCAGACGUCAUCAAAAGGCUAUGGAAGGAUGCAGGCGUGCAGGCCUCUUUUGAUAGAGCUGCCGAGUACCAGCUGAACGACUCUGCUGGAUACUACUUGAACGAAAUGGACAGAAUCUGCAAACCUGACUACCUUCCCACCGAGCAGGAUGUGCUGAGAUCUCGAGUCAAGACCACUGGUAUCAUUGAGGAACAGUUCGGUUGCAAAGAGCUCCACUUUAGGAUGUUUGAUGUGGGUGGCCAGAGGUCCGAGAGGAAGAAAUGGAUUCAUUGUUUCGAAGGUGUGACUUGCAUCAUCUUCUGUGGAGCUCUUAGCGCUUAUGACAUGGUGCUGGUAGAAGAUGAUGAAGUGAACCGCAUGCACGAGAGUCUCCAUCUCUUCAACAGUAUCUGCAAUCACAGAUUCUUCGCCACAACUUCCAUUGUGCUUUUCCUCAACAAGAAAGAUCUCUUCCAGGAGAAGAUUAAGAAGGUCCACCUGAGCAUCUGCUUCCCUGACUAUGAUGGUCCAAACACAUAUGAAGAUGCAAGCAACUACAUCAAGACUCAAUUUCAAGACCUGAACAUGAAGAAGGGAGUGAAGGAGAUCUACUCACACAUGACCUGUGCCACGGACACAAAGAACGUCGAGAUUGUGUUUAACGCCGUGACAGACAUUAUCAUCAAAGAAAACCUUAAGGACUGCGGUCUGUUCUAAACACCAUCCACUUUUUCAAAGAUCUUUCAGCCCCAUCCCCACCUAAAUGAUUGGAUUUACUCUGGUGAAGCUGCCACAGUAAUAAAAGAACAUCCACAGGUGGCAUGAAAGUGAACUCUACAGCAAGCAGUCAAGUGUGCUAAGUGGAUCCCCGGCCAAAACAACAACCUCCACAUCCCAACCAAACCACAAAGACUAGAUCCAGAUUAGACUAAAUGGCCUCUGCUCUCCAAAAAGGACUCUAAAUACAUUUUGACCAACUGUUCAAGUCACUAAUACAGUCAGUAAGAGAAGGGUUACCAAAGAAAGGGGACUUUUGAUGCUAUGAGUUAAUGGCGCUUGUAGAGAAGCUUCCUCUCAUUGUGUUUUAAAGUCAAGCCUAUAGAGGUUGGGCUGUUAGAUGUUUUAUUUUUCCAUUCAUUUCCAGAGAAAGAAAAGUAAAUUUAAUGCAAAAUAACUUUGCUGUAUAAAAAACACUGUAGUGGGAAAUCAGAUCGCAAUUAGAAAGUUCUUUUAUGUACAGUGAGUAAAAAACGUGCAUAUAAAUCAGCAAGACCUGAUUGUUUGAAAUUAACCGGCUCACAAAAUAUGUGAAAGACUUUUCUUUUUCAGCCCCAAACACAGUAGGGUGGUGCGUUUUUGUAAAUAAGAGUAGGCAAAUAAAUUCUAUAUGAAAUAUAAUAUGGAAACCUAAAUAUAUAUAUAUAUAUAUUUAUGAUACAGUAUUACAGUAACAGUGAAAAUUCUAGAAUGGCCUGUUGCUUUGUUUUAAACCUGAGGUCUGAAUUUGUGGAGAUGUUCUGGAAUGUAAAUGUAGGCACAUGAAAUAAAGACUUGCAUCAAUUCCA